GUGAAAUUGGUUUUAUUUAUCCAGAAAAAGCCAACUAAAAGCUGCAAUGUUGGUCAUAUAUGAAUGUAAAGUGGAACCGGAGGUCAUUCCUUAAGUAACCGAUUUAAGAUGUUGAAUUCCCAGGACCCCUAAACCACCGUCCAAUCCCAUCAAGUAACUCAUUUAAGCCAAGAUACAGACACAAUGGAGGACGAGUGGGGCUCCUUUGAUCGCCUGCCCAGUAUUCCGAAUGCCUCGACGGAUUUGGAGGCGGAAAACGAGCUGAUCAGCAACUGGACAACACUGGCCAACUUCACGCGACUUGUGGCUGGUGCCGCUCCAGAAAUCGUCAACUACACGCUCAAUAUGAUCGACGUGGGUGUGGGCAUGGCCAUGGAUAUAUCCAACCUGAGCGUGAGCACCACGCCCCUGCCCGCCUACGCCAUCGCCAAUAGCUCCUCGCUGGCGCACACCAAUAGUCGCCAGGAAGCCCCACCGAUCGCGGAGCAGGUUCCCGAGCACGUGAUGGACCACGCCCCCCAACUGUCCCGAUCCGGACUGCUGAAAGUGUAUGUCCUGGCGGUGAUGGCACUGUUCUCCCUGCUGGGCAACCUGCUGACCAUCUGGAAUAUCUACAAGACCCGCAUUUCAAGGAGAAACUCCAGGCACACGUGGAGUGCCAUCUACUCGCUGAUGUUCCAUCUGUCCAUCGCCGAUGUGCUGGUCACCUGGUUCUGCAUCAUCGGGGAGGCGGCUUGGUGUUACACCGUCCAGUGGCUGGCCAACGAGCUCACCUGCAAGCUGGUCAAGCUCUUCCAGAUGUUCAGCCUCUACCUGAGCACCUAUGUCCUGGUGCUGAUCGGAGUGGACCGGUGGAUAGCGGUCAAGUACCCGAUGAAGUCGCUCAACAUGGCCAAGCGGUGUCAUCGACUACUUGGCGGUACUUACAUCCUGUCGCUGGUGCUCAGCUUGCCACAGUUCUUCAUCUUCCACGUGUCGCGUGGACCCUUCGUGGAGGAGUUCUACCAGUGCGUCACCCACGGAUUCUACACGGCGGAUUGGCAGGAGCAGAUGUACGCCACCUUCACGCUGGUCUUCACCUUCCUGCUGCCGCUGUGCAUCCUGUUCGGCACCUACAUGUCCACCUUUCGCACCAUUUCCAGCAGCGAAAAGAUGUUCCAGGGCUCGAAGCUGGCCAACUAUUCGACGGCCAAGUUGCCAACGCAGACGAAUCGCCAGAGGCUGAUACACAAGGCCAAGAUGAAGUCGCUCCGCAUUUCCGUGGUGAUCAUCAUAGCCUUCCUCAUCUGCUGGACGCCCUACUACGUCAUGAUGAUUAUGUUCAUGUUCCUCAAUCCGGACAAGAGGCUGGGCGACGAUCUGCAGGACGCCAUCUUCUUCUUCGGAAUGUCCAACAGCCUGGUCAACCCACUCAUCUACGGUGCCUUCCACCUGUGUCCUGGCAAAGGAGGCAAGUCCAGCGGCGGGGGCGGCAACAACAACGCCUACAGCUUGAACAGGGGCGACUCGCAGCGCACUCCAUCCAUGCUGACGGCGGUGACGCAGGUGGACGGCACAGGUGGCAGUUCCCGCCAGAUGCGGGCCUUCCGCCAGCAGAGCUACUACCGCAGCUCCAGCAACGGCACAGCCGCACCGGGUGCAGGUGCUCCCUUCAAGGAGCAAGUGGGUCUGCUGCACGUGGGUCCCGGCAAUGGGACGCCCGGUGGCACCGUCUCGAGCGGCGCCACGCCGCAGCUGAUGCGGAAGGGAUCGGCUCUGCUGGCCCGGCAUCCCAGCUGCCUGCGGGAGCAGGAGCACCAGCAGCGGCUCCUGCUGCACGAGAAGCCCUCGACCCUGGUCCUCAGCUACGACAGCCAGCGGGGCGGAGUGGGUGUGGGCGUGGCCAGCGGACUGCUGGACAACAAUGAGCGGGUGUCGGCCGUGUGAGAGCAGCUGGCGAUGGC